GCGAAGAAUAGGCAUUCAAAUAUAAAGAAGACCCAGGAAAAGAAGUUAGAAAGGCAUUUGAACAGACAGGCUACCCGAACGCCAAUCUAAUCACCCACGACGCGAGCUUUCUGAUACCGUGCCCCAAACAAUAAAUAGGUACAUGUACCUAUGCCAACUGACACCACCAGCGGCCCAAUCGGUAACUAGUAGGCUUCUUCUGGUCGUUAUCCUUGCUGAAGAAAAGAGAACAAGUUGGACAUGGACGAUCCAGAGUCUUGUCCAAGUUUUGACUGGCGCAAUUGACACUGUUGCCGUUUACUUGGACACAACGAUGGUUGUAGAUGUAUAAAGGCUAAUAUUGAUUUGGCAAUGAAUGACGAAAGCAAUGGAUUGGAACAAUAGCGAAACCGCUUAGGAUUCUGCAGCCUAUAGUCGAUCUUUUUCGUAGCUAUACAAUUCUCUCAGUAAUUGCUUGCAUGUACAAGCUUAUUAAGACCAGCUCUGGCAGAUUCCGUCAAGCGUCGACACACCAAGACGAAUGCUAUGGGAAAUCCAUCACGAAGACUGG